AUUCAACGAAUUGCGUUUUCUGAUAAUAAACUGGUUCAUUGAGGCGUUUCUGCGUUACAUUGAGUCAGGUCAUCUGAUGUUGCACAGUGCUUCAUAACUUUGGUUCCUAUGCACCCUAUCUGAGCAAUCGUUCAACGCUUUUGAUGAAAGUCUUCCAAUCAUCAUCAUCCACAUCAAACAAUGUUCACCCGCCGUCCUAUACAAACACUAUUCGUACGACAUCGCUAUCUCCAGCCAGCCUCAACCUCCCCCUUCUCACCCAGAAAGUCUCAAUUCACACUUUGCCCUAUAGUCCACCUCAGCACCUCACCCCUUCGACCACAAUGUACCAAAAGCAACUCCCCACCCGCAAAGCCCAGAACAACCCAAUGCCAGCACAAACAGAACCAAGCGUCCACCAUCUCCCCCUGGACACUUGAGUUCUGGAGCUCGACGCCUACGCUCAAGCGUGCAUGUAUCAAUACGUUCCGAUGUCUUGUCGGCUGUACGACGGGAGACUUUUCAGCCAUGUGGUAUCUGCAGGCAUUUCACCCGGAGUUGGGAAUGGGAGGGAUUAUGGGGAUUUCGAUGCUAUCAGGAAUCACAACCUCAAUACUCCUUGAAACCGUGCUCCUGCACCGCGGCCGCGACGCCAUGCCGUGGGUGACGGCUGCGCAGACCGCUGUCGGCAUGAGCAUGAUUUCUAUGCUGACGAUGGAGCUUGCGGAGAACGCGGUGGACUUCCACCUCACGGGCGGGGUGGUGAAGGUUGGAGAUCCUGGGUUCUGGGGUGCGGCGGGUGUGGCGAUGGGGGCUGGAUUCGUGGCGCCGUUGCCUUACAAUUAUUGGAGGCUGAGGAAGUGGGGGAGGGGGUGUCAUUGAUGGUUGGGAAUGAGUUCUUUGUGGUGGACCGUGAAGCUACGAGGUACUCAUCUACCUGUGAUGUUUGUAUGACAUAGAUUUCCAUAUGAGCCCG